AUGACAAAGUGUUGCAUCAAUGGAUGUAAUUCAAAUUCUCGUAAAAAUGAAGAAGGAUUGACAUUUUUCAGGUUGCCAAAAAAUGAAGGCCUUCAAAAAUUGUGGAUUGAUAAUAUAGGCCAGGAAAACAUAAAACCUGCAGUAGUAAGAAGAAUAUGCUCCUUGCAUUUUGAAAAAGAAUGUCUAAAUAGAACGCUGGGUGUAGUUCGGCUUAAGGGUGAUUUGGUUCAUGUGUCUAAAAUAAAUUUUCUGACUAAAUAA